AUGUGUCGCCAGAGGACGUCGACGUGCCAACCGUGCCAACUUCGCAAGUUGGAAGUCAAGGAGAUUCUGUUUCCAUGGAGUGUGCAAUUGGACCUGGCCACGGUGAACCACGGAACAUCGUGGAAAUAUGGAUCUGAUGAACAUACAAAUGCAAAGAAAAUGUCGUUCUUCAUUAGAACAGGAAAUAGUAUUAAACAAAAUGAAAAAAUAUUGAGCAAGCAAAACAAGGUGAAGAAGAGGAAAGGGCAUGAACACAGCAGCGAGCGAAAAUCCAAGCACAAGAAAGGGGGUGAUGAAGAUAUUGAAAGUGAUGAUGAGGAUGAAGUUCCAGUUGCGCAGCAAAAUUCAAAUAACAUUGCUUACGAGUCAGAUGAAAAUUAUGAAACCGCGCAGGAAAAGAAACUUCGUUUGGCGAAGUUGUAUUUGGAAGAAAUUGAAAGGAAAGAAAGGAAACUUCGUGAAAACGGCGAAGUUGGAAAAGACGACAUUACUAAUUAUUUGAAAGAAGAUUUAAGAGAGAAGACUCACAGGAAUAGGAAAACUGUAGCUGACACAUAUAGUGGAUAUGAUGAUAGUUCAGCAAUAGUUAAGUGGUCUUUGGAAGAAGGAAAGAAACAAAAAGUUGUGAAACACAAAGACUUGAAAGGAAACAAGAAAAGCUUAGGUAUUGUUCUUUGCUUGGCUAUAUCAUCUGACAAUAAAUUCUUAGUGUCUGGAAGCUCUAAUUGUGAAAUUAAUGUAUGGAAUCCUGAAACAUUAGCUCACAUUCAUACAUUUUCUGGGCAUAAAGGUGAAGUGACUGGUGUGGCCUUUCAAAGGAACCAACACACACUAUUUAGUGUAUCAACUGAUCGAUGUGUUAAAGUGUGGAAUCUAACUGAAAUGGUGUAUGUUGAAUCAUUGUAUGGUCAUCAGAAAAAAAUAACAGCUGUUGAUGCAUUUUUGUCUGAACGUGCACUUACAUCUGGGGAAGAUAAUUCUGUUCAUCUGUGGAAGAUUGUGGAAGAAUCCCAACUGAUUUACAAUGCUAAUGGUGGGGUAGAUGGUGUAAAAUUUGUAAAUGAAUCCUUCUUUUUAUCUUGUGGUAGUGAUGGUGCUCUUUGUUUGUGGGGAGUGUUGAAGAAAAGGCCUCUAUGUACUAUACAUAAAGCUCAUGGGGUAGAUGAAACAAAUGACCAACCACAUUGGCUCACGAGCAUUAGUACAUUGAUAAAUACAGAUUUGGUUGCUUCUGGUUCAUGUAAUGGUGUUGUGAAAUUAUGGAAAUGUCGUGACGAUUUCAAAAAACUCGAGCUCUUGUUUGAUAUCCCUAUCAAAGGUUUUGUUAAUGGAUUACAGUUCACUCAUGAUGGAAAAUAUUUAGUGGCUGCAGUUGGUUCUGAGCAUAAGUUAGGACGUUGGCAAGUAAUGAAGGAUGUCAAAAAUAGUGUUCUUGUUAUCCCACUAUGUAAAAAAAGUUAAUGUUUGUUAUUUUUGCUAGAGAAAAUGCCUUAAUAAAUCUAUAUACCUGCGCUAUGGUAAAAGAAUCAUGUGAAAUAGUAAUACAAUUUGCUUUCUACACAAAUCUUGAAUAAAUUUAAAAUAUAAAGUUUUUGUUUUGAUGUUUAUUAUAAGAAAAAAAUUGUUACAUGAUUCUAAAUUCAUAAUUACGUGAAAUAAUUACAUCAUUUUGUGUCACUGUUUUAAAUUUCUAUUGUUAACUGAGCAUUUUAAUAUCCUGGAGAUAGCCAUAGAAUUCCUGUUAAGAACUCUUGUAAACUCCGAUAUUUGGUUAACUUUUGGUAAGGAGUAGGAUGUGCAUUACACUCCCUUCAGAUAAAUAACUGCUCUUAGACUUAUCACUAUAAAAUCAUGAAUCACUUGAACAUGCUGUCCUUCUAUAAGUAUUUCUGAGAGAAUAUAGGAGGACAUUCACAUAUUAAAUUUCCAUAGCUACAUUUGCAUCAUGUGCCAUUCUGUGUGCCUUAUUUCUGAAUAGAUCUUUUUUUUUUUUUCCUUUUUUUUUUCUUUCUCCAAUGAUAAAUACAUUUCACUUGAAAAGGUUACUGCAAAUACAGUAGAAGAAAAGUAUGAAAAUUUUUUACAAGCUUGUAACUAUUCUCUUCUUGACUUUUUUCUUUUAUUUUUGUGUAAUACACGUGAGAGUUUGUAGUUUUAAAAAUUCUUUUUCUUUUUUAAUAGCCUUAAAUUUUGAAUUUUGAUGUGUAAGUUAUUUGAUGAUUUCAUUUUCCAAAAAUUAUGUUGUACGCGAGUUUCAAAAUUAAUCUAAUAUGAGAUUGAUUUUGUGAAGUUGUGAACAUCAAGGUUUGAGAAAAAUACAAGUCAAUGAAUUUGACUUCUUAACUUGAUCAGAAUUAAUCUUGUGUAAUGUUAUGAAUUGUUAAAAAAUACAAAUAUUACUUGUGAGAAGAAAAGUGAGUAAAAAGCAGCAAAAAUAAAUAAAUUGAAAAAUCUAUGUUUACCUUAUUUUCUUAUUCUACACCCCUUAAAGAUAGGUGAGUAAUUUGUAUUAAUAAUAU